CGACAACUCGAGGGAUUUGAACAAGUCUAGCUCAUAAUGAACAUCCGCUUCCAAAAUGGCCGUCGCUGUGGACGGCGUGCGAUAUUUAUUCAAUGAAAUCGCGAGGACGUUCCAGAUCUACAACGAAGUACUGACCAUCGCAGGGGCAUACUUCGUGCUACAGAAAGCCGUGAAGGCCCUGUUGCAAGUGGAGGAGGUCAUCAGGAUCCACUUCUGGCCCCGUUUACCGGGAAGAAAGCGGGAUCUGGCUGGGGAAUUCGGGAAAUGGGCUGUUGUUACAGGGUCAACUGAUGGCAUAGGCAAAGCUUAUGCUCGGGAACUUGCUAGUCAUGGACUCAACAUUGUACUGAUCAGUCGCUCAGAGGAUAAACUCAAAAGAGUAGCCAAGGAUAUUGAAACCAACUUCACUGUGAAGACAAAAACAAUAAAGGCUGAUUUCUGCCAGGGGAGUGAAAUCUACGAUGACAUUGAACGACAGAUGCAGGGUCUACAGAUAGGCAUUUUGGUGAACAAUGUUGGUGCCAUGGACAUACCACAGUACUUUCUUAACAUGAAAUCCGAGAGACUAUGGCAGCUGAUUAAUAUCAACAUAGGUGCAGCGACUCUGAUGACCAAAAUCCUGAUGCCUCAGAUGGUUGAAAGAAGGCGAGGUGCUGUUGUCAACAUAUCAGCCGCUGCCUCAAUUCAUCCAAACCCACAGCUGGCUGUGUAUCAUGCAUGCAAGACUUACAUGGAUUAUUUCACCAGGGCCCUGCAGUAUGAAUACAAAGCCAAGGGAAUCUUCAUCCAGAGCCUGAUGCCUUCCUAUGUGGCCACCAAGAUGACUGAUUUCAAGGAUGGUCCACACCAGUCUAACCUUAUGAUACCAUCAGCUUACCUGUAUGCUCGACACGCUGUGUCCACACUUGGUAGAUCCACACACACCACUGGAUACUGGCCCCACACACUCCUGAUGUGGUUCUCCAGGCAGCUUCCCGAGCGGAUGUGGAUGUGGAGUGUCAGCGUCAUAAACAGCGCCCUCAGGAGGCAGGCAGUGAAUAAGAAGCGCCGACGAGCUUCAAAAGGAUUGGCAUUGUCAUAGCAACAGGCAUCGUUACUACGUUAUAAUCUAAUUUGGCAAAGUAAUCGUUUGCCUAAGAGAAAAAUUGAAGUCGUAAAUCACGGACUGAAAGGAAAUAUCAUCUUUUCCUCCUGUGAACAAAGCUGUUCUGGCUCAAGUUGUUUUUCACAUUUCCAGAACAGUUUCCCACUGAAAUUUGUUCAUUUUUUAUGGAUAGUUUCCCGAUAUUUUUAAAGAUACAUGUAACCAUGCUCCUUUCAGAAUUUUAUUAAAAGGGCCAAAUUCUUUAAGCGUUUCAAUGGAUGGUAUUUGCUGUUUGACAAAACUGCUGAAGACAUUGUACACAAAUCAUCUUUCAUAAUGGAGACAAAUGUCUUUAUGCAGCUAAACUAAACUUUUCGAGAAAAUAAUGAAGUUGACAACAUUUUAAAUUAAAAUUCUCAGAGAUUAACCCCAAGUGUUGAGUAAGUACACGUCAUUAAUGCAUAUAUUCUUUAAAAUAGGCCAUAAAAUAACAUUUGAGAAAUGUUACAGCUCAAUCUUUAAUUUGGUGCUGAUUAAGGAUUAAGUCA